GAAAGAAACAAAUCUGGCAGGUGUUAAUCACUACUCCUCCUAAUAUAAAGUGUAGAUCAAACAUUUCUAAUGAUACUAUAUUAAAGGUUUGGUAAAAAGGGCGUAAUUUGCCAUAAAAUUUUCAGUACUAAUUCUCAAAUAUUGAAAAUAUCAUUGGCGUAAUGUUAGGUCCAUUCUUGAUCAAUUCUAGACGAGAUUGGAAUGUUUUUAUGGAUGAAAUCGAAAAGAGGCUGAAUCGUCGUCCUCCUGGACGCUCUUUGGGACUUUAUGCGGAAGCCGGUGGCCAAUUCGCUAUAGAGCACAAUGUUAGAAAGGCGGUGAUCCUGCAUGCUGGAGACGAGUUCAGCCCAGCGCAACUGUGUCUUCAGUAG